GGCACAUGAUCGUUGUGUAUCCUGGACGCCGCUGCAGCAGUAGUAGCAGUAGCUAACUGCAGUGUUUGAGUGUGUUUUCUGUGUUUUAUUGUAAAGAUGGAGCUGCGCUUCUUUAUAUUGAGUGUGUGUCUCAGCGCGGGAGUGCUGGCGGGGAAAUACUCUAAAGAAAUGAACGAGCAGAAGGUUUCUAAGGAGGGUAAAACCGCGGUGGAGUUCAGAAUCGCUAAACUCAAUCAGGUCUGGGAGAAAGCUAACCGGAUGCAGCUUGCUCCGGUGAGACUGUCUGAGCUUCACAGUGAUUUGAAGAUCCAGGAGAAAGACGAGCUGCAGUGGAAGAAACUGAAAGCAGAGGGGCUGGACGAGGACGGGGAGAGAGAGGCCAAGCUCAGACGCAACUUUAACAUCAUUCUUGCUAAGUAUGGGAUGGACGGCAAAAAGGACAAUCGUGCUUUGGACAGCAACAACCUGAAAGACCAUGAUGUCAGAGAGGGAGACAUGUUUGAUGACCCCAGACUCAACAAGCUGUGGAACAAAGCCAAGAUUUCUGGAAAGUUCUCAGAGGAGGAGCUGCAGAGCCUGCGCAGAGAAUUCCAGCACCACAAGGACAAGAUCCACGAGUACAACAUAGUCAUGGAUACAGUCAGCAGGACUGAAGAAAUCCAUAAGAACGUGAUCUCCACUGUGGAGGGCGAGGGGAAGCAGUCUGCACUGCAUGAGAAACACUCUGAUCUGAAGCAGAGGAUGAGGGAUCUGAACCAGGGCUUCGAGCGUCUCCGCAGAAUCUCUCAUGAAGGCUUCAGCACUGACAAUGAGUUUAAGGAGCCCAGGGUCAUAGAGCUGUGGGAGAUGGCAAGAAGAUCCAACCUCAGUGAGGAUGAGCUUGAUUCUCUUAAAGAAGAGCUGAGGCACUUUGAGACGAAGGUGGAGAAGCACCAGCAUUAUCAGGAGCAGCUGGAGUACUCGCACCAGAAGCUGCAGCAUGUGGAGUCUCUCGGAGACCAGGAGCACAUCAUGAGACACAAGGAGAAAUACAACAACCUUGCAGAGAAAGCCAGAGAGAUGGGAUACAAGAUGAAGAAGCAUCUGCAGGAUAUAACCAAUAAACUCUCUCAGAACGGACUGCCACACAAUGAACUCUGAGCAUUAUCUCGUCCUCUCUGCGUGGUAAAAGACCAACCUCAUUACCAUGUGUCACAUUCCUCUACUCCCUCCCUCCAUCACUCACUGAUCAACAUGUAGGGUGAGCUGUUGAUUUAUAAAGCGUUUUUAUUAAAUGAAGUUACACACAUGGCGACACUGCUAAGCACUGAAUUGGCGUUUUAUAUGAUUAAUACUAGAUCAAUUUCACUGGAAGUGGAUUGUUUUUUGGUACGAAUGCAUUUGUAUGUUACCUGUGUUACAUUUUACACCCAAGCAUUACCCUCUUAUAGCUGAUGUGGCUUGACUGCUAAUGUAGUUAUCAGAGGCUUUACUGGAUUGGCUGCAUUUUCAACCUGAACACUGUUUGUUUUAGUAAAAAGCAGCUUGUUGUUAUUGAAAUGUUUAACAUUUGAUUUUUGAUAUCCAACAUACUGUCUUAUUGUGAUGUCUAAAUAAAAAAUAAACUUUUCCAUAAAAGACAGAA